AUGGGCUGCGUUCAGGCCAAGCCUCCAGAGAGCUCAGAAUCCAGAGGCUUAGGCAAGUUGAAACAAGAAAAUGGCUACAUCGGAAGAGGUGGAUUUGUGGGUCAUCGACGAUCAACGGGUCAAAGGGACAUGCAUGGGGGCUCUGGAAAGGAGUACAUUAGGGCCGAGUCCAAGAAGCAACAUCCUUCUUAUGGUAAUAAAAAUGGGGGUGUAGGAGAUGUUGGAGGAGAAGGGAAGCUGAUUGGUAGAGAAAGAGACAGAGAGAGUGGUGGUAAUGGUGGAAGUAUGUCACAGAGAAUAUCGUGGUUGAAGCCAAUCGAAGAGAUUGAGGUGGUGGAUGGAUGGCCAAAAUGGCUCACCGAUAAUAUUCCAAGACAGGUUCUGACUGGUUUGGUUCCAAGGAGUGCCGACUCCUAUGUUAUGCUUACUAAGGUGGGACAGGGAACUUACAGCAAUGUGUAUAAAGCCCGAGAUAGAGACACCAACAAGAUUGUUGCUCUAAAGAAAGUCCGUUUUGACACGUCUGAACCUGAGAGUGUUAAAUUCAUGGCACGAGAGAUAAGGAUAUUGCAGCAGCUGGAUCACCCCAACAUAAUAAAGCUAGAAGGAUUGGCUACUUCAAGACUGCAAUACAGUCUGUAUUUGGUCUUCGAUUUCAUGCAGACAGAUUUGGCAACAAUCAUCUCUCGUCCUGAAGGAAAGCUUACUGAAGCGCAGGUCAAAUGCUAUAUGCAUCAACUGCUCUCAGGGCUGCAGCACUGCCACGAUAAUGGAAUUUCGCAUCGAGACAUAAAGGGAGCAAAUUUAUUGAUAGAUAAAAAUGGGAUGCUAAAGAUUGCAGAUUUCGGGCUUGCAAAUUAUUACACUCGAAAUCGUCGUCUCACAAACCGAGUUGUGACACUUUGGUACAGAGCCCCUGAGCUGUUAUUAGGAGCUACUGAUUAUGGUGUUGGUAUUGGUCUUUGGGGUGCUGGAUGCCUCUUGGCAGAAAUGUUUGUUGAAAAAUCAACUGCAGUGUGA